GGCCGGGCCGGAAGGAGCGAGCGGCGGCGACGAGGCUGGCGGCGGCGGCGGCUGCGGUGUAUAAAAGCUGCGGCGCCGGAGGCCGCCAAGUCCGCUGCGCGAGCUGAUCCUUAGGAACAGAUGAUCGUCAUGUUUAAAUAUUAGCAAGCACAUAUGUGUAUGUCUGCAUUUGAAAAUGGCAGAGGGAGGUAACAAUGAAAAGGUAAUUCGCUUGACCAACUUCCACUGCCACCGGGGACAAGACUGGAUCACCCUCAGAGACGGACCCAUCACCAUUUCUGACUCCUCUGAUGAGGAAGGGGUUCCAAUGCUGGUCACCCCAGGUACUCAGCCCCGGGAAGAAGAGGACUUGGAUGACGAUGUCAUCCUGACAGAAGUGAGUUUUCUUGAACUUGCCACGACAAAUAAACCUCAGACAUCACGGCCCAAUCUCAUCAAACCAGCUGCCCAAUGGCAAGAUCUGAAAAGAUUGGGAGAAGAAAGGCCUAAAAAGUCUAGAUCAGCAUUUGAAUCAGAUAAGAACAACUAUUUCUCAGUGUGUAACAACCCAUUGUUUGAUUCUGGGGCACAGGAUGAUUCCGAGGAAGACUACGGGGAAUUUCUGGAUCUUGGGCCUCCUGGAGUCUCUGUAUUUGCUAAGCCAAGUGGCCAAAGAGGAAGAGAACCCCAGCCUGGCCCAAGUCAUAGCCAAGCAGCAGACAGCAUUGUCAACCCCAGGUCAAAGCAAAACAUCAUUAUUUUGGAAGAAGGUAGCCAUCUUUUUCCAGAAAGUGAUCCUUUGGAAACACAGAACCAGUCAUCUGAAGACUCAGAGACAGAGCUUUUAUCAAACCUCGGAGAAUCAACUUCUAUAGCAGAUGAUCAGGCCAUUGAAGAAGACUGCUGGUUAGACCAUCCUUAUUUCCGGUCUCUAAACCAAGAGCCUCAGGAGAUUACAAGCCAGGUUGUUCCUCAGGAGCGGCAGCCUAUAGCAGAACUGGGCCCAUUGUUUUAUCAGCAUGAGCCCCCAGGACCAGCUUUUCCACGGCCAGCUUUUCCAGAGCCAGAACCACAGCAAGAUGGCAUUCUAGGCCCCUCUUCUCCUCAGCCUGCCUAUCCUUUAGGAGAUCUUGAAGACCAACAAUUAGCAAUAGAUGAUGAAGAGACAGGUCCAGCCUUUCCACUGCAAGAAUCUCGGGAGCCUGGUUUGGAAAACAUUUGGGUGCAUAGAGCUACUGAGAUAGAUCAAGAACUUGUUGCACUAUUAGUGAAAGAAACAGAAGCAAGGUUUCCAGAUGUAGCCAAUGGAUAUAUUGAGGAAAUAAUUCAUUUGAAGAAUUAUUAUGAUCUGAAUGUACUUUGUAAUUUUCUUCUGGAAAAUCCAGAUUAUCCAAAGAGAGAAGAUAGGGUUAUUAUGAACCCCAACAGUAGCCUACUUGCCAGCCAAGAUGAGACCAAGUUGCCUAAAAUAGACUUUUUUGACUACUAUAAAUUGGCUCCUCUUGACCAGCGCUGCUUUAUCCAAGCUGCUGACCUCCUGAUGGCAGACUUCAAAAUGCUGAGCAGUCAGGAUAUCAAGUGGGCCCUGCAUGAACUCAAAGGACACUAUGCAAUCACGCGGAAGGCCUUUUCUGAUGCCAUUAAAAAGUGGCAGGAGCUGUCGCCAGAAACCAGCGGAAAAAGAAAAAAGAGAAAAGAAAUGAAUCAGUAUUCUUACAUAGAUUUCAAAUUUGAACAAGGUGAUAUAAAAAUAGAAAAAAGAAUGUUCUUUCUGGAAAAUAAGCGGCGACAUUGUCGGUCCUACGACCGCCGUGCCCUCCUCCCAGCUGUGCAGCAGGAGCAGGAGUUCUAUGAGCAGAAGAUCAGAGAGAUGGCAGAGCAUGAAGACUUUUUGCUUGCCCUGCAGAUGAAUGAAGAACAGUAUCAAAAGGAUGGUCAGCUGAUUGAGUGCCGCUGUUGCUAUGGAGAAUUCCCAUUUGAGGAGCUGACACAGUGUGCAGAUGCUCAUUUGUUCUGCAAAGAGUGUCUCAUCAGAUAUGCCCAAGAAGCAGUCUUUGGAUCUGGAAAGUCAGAGCUCAGCUGCAUGGAAGGCAGCUGCACAUGUUCGUUUCCAACUAGUGAACUGGAGAAGGUGCUUCCCCAGACCAUCCUGUAUAAAUACUAUGAACGAAAGGCCGAAGAAGAAGUUGCUGCAGCCUACGCUGACGAGCUUGUCAGGUGCCCCUCCUGUAGCUUUCCUGCCCUGUUGGACAGUGAUGUGAAGAGAUUCAGUUGUCCCAAUCCUCGCUGCCGUAAGGAAACCUGUAGGAAGUGUCAGGGACUCUGGAAAGAUCACAAUGGCCUCACCUGUGAAGAGCUGGCUGAAAAAGAUGACAUCAAGUACCGAACAUCUAUUGAAGAGAAAAUGACUGCCGCCCGCAUUAGGAAGUGCCACAAGUGUGGAACUGGCCUCAUCAAGUCCGAAGGCUGCAAUCGCAUGUCCUGUCGCUGCGGCGCCCAGAUGUGCUACCUCUGUCGGGUAUCCAUCAACGGGUACGACCAUUUCUGCCAGCACCCUCGGUCGCCGGGAGCCCCAUGCCAGGAGUGCUCAAGGUGCUCGCUCUGGACCGACCCCACUGAAGAUGACGAGAAGCUGAUAGAGGAAAUCCAGAAGGAGGCUGAAGAGGAGCAGAAGCGAAAGAAUGGAGAGAACACCUUCAAACGCAUCGGGCCCCCCUUGGAGAAACCACCAGAGAAAGUCCAGAGAGUCGAAGCCCUCCCAAGGCCUGUCCCCCAGAACCUGCACCCACCGCAGAUCCCCUACGCCUUUGUGCACCCGCCCUUCCCCCUGCCGCCCGUGAGGCCCAUUUUCAACAACUUCGCCCUUAACAUGGGCCCCGUGCCCGCACCCUACGUGCCCCCGCUGCCCAACAUGCGGGUCAACUACGACUUCGCCCCCAUCCACGUGCCCCUGGAGCACAACCUGCCCAUGCACUUUGGGCCCCAGCCGCGGCACCGGUUCUGAUGGCGCCGUGCCACCUGCCUUCCUGGGAGCCACACGGGAGGAGGGAUCAGGCCCCCGGCCAGAGCAUCCCUGGGACUUCGCCUCGCGGGCCGGGUGCAGUUGGACGGAGAUGCAGCGAGUUACUUGAACCCUCCCCGUCCCCUCCCCCCCCGGUGAGUGCUGCUGCCUUCCAAGCCAAGAGGGCAGGUCGGCCUUAGGAAGGACGGGCCAGUUUCCCUCCCACCACUUUCUUGGGGUGGCCCAGGCUCCCUGACGCUGCUGUGGGUGGAAGGCAGGCCAGGCCUCUGGGGGCUCUGCCCGGCUGGGGGUCUUAGCAGGACAGCUGCCUCCUGGAAGGCUCUGCUGGCCAUGAGGGGCCCCGUGCAAGUCUCCCUCAGAAAGACGGGGAGAAGGCUCUUGCUGCUGCUCCCCAUCCCCGAGCAGACCACAGGAGAGGCCCCACCAGGAGAAGCCUCGGACUUCGAGACCACAUAGGCCUUCUCCCCGCAGCCCAGCAAACCCACAAUAAAGAUGACGCAACAAACAGCAGCAUUGAAAGAGGUGAGAGAUCUGAGACGUGGUUACGAGGCCAGGUCCCUCCCUCUUCCCAGGGCCCACUGGAGGGUGAGCAGCAGCGUCUGCUCCAGGCCUGGGGCCGUGCACGUGGUUCCGGGACCCGGGACCCUGCUCGUCUCCUUAAGGGAGGAGCCCCGGGAGCCACCGCUGGGCGCAGCUUCCCUGAGGCCGGGAGUCCUGGGCUUGGGGGGCUCUCCCUGCACUCCCGCUGGGGGCAGCGGCUACUGCUCUGGUCCCCUCCCAAAGGCUUAGUCAAGUGGUAGCGGAGCAGUGUCCACAAGCCAUGACCCUUUAGAGGGCGUCGCUGUCCUCGUGGACUGUCACCAAGGCCAGGACCCCAGGGGCCCCACAGAAAUGCCCUGGAGAUGGGGGCAUCCCCUCCUCCUCCCACUUCAGGCCACAGCCGCUAACCACCUCGUGGUGUGGUUUUUGUGUUGUAGCUUAUCUAAAGAAGUGUAUGCUCCUCUUUACUCACCCAGCUUCCCGUGGCCUGCUAGGGUUUCUCUCCCUCGAUCUCUGGAAGGACGAACUGAGAACAGUCGUCCACACCAAGCCACGGGUGAGGCUGGGUGCCCUGAGGGUCCCCCUGAAAGCUGGGACCCGGGCGGCCUGGCCACACUGAGAGAGGGCCCUCCCCAUCAUCCUCCUCCAGUCCCAAAAGGAGGAAGGCAGUCAGGGGCGUCUUCCUGUGGGGCCCAGGGCCCUGGCCUUGUGCUGAUGCCUCGGCCCCCAAAUCCUCCUUUGUGGUACUUCAAGCUCCAGUCCACCUGCAGAGCACAGGCCUGAAGCUUGACUUUAUUCAACUGUGAAUGAGCUUCCUCUCACGCAGACAUCAUAGUCUUGGCUGUCCUGUGUUGGCCCUCUUGGUUCAUGUUGCUGUGGCCCGCCGUCAGCUGUGGGGACCCCUGAAGUGGUUCGGAGUGUGCACAUGCAUCCACACGCAGACCGCAGAGGCCAGGCUGGAGCCCCAGGUGUGCCCGCCGCCCACCUGCUGCAGGUCCCCCUGCUCCAGCCCGGGCACCUUGGGUAGUGCCGGGACCGCAGCACCCGCCGUGGCGCUCACCUGCUGCCACUGGCUUCCUGGCUUAUGUCAAGGAUUAGGCUGAGGAAAAAAUCUCUUAAGAUGCCCACUCUUCCUGUCUUUUCUCAGGAUGACAGCUCUGGAGAUGGGGGUUCAGGGCAGGGAGGACUGAUACCAAGUGGAGGAGCACGUGGGGUUGUCUGCCCUGGGCUCCCCCCGCUGCUUGGCUGCCUGCACGCUGGCCCCCGCCCGACUAAACAGUGCCUUUUGAAAAGCUUCCCAUCUGUGGGCGCCCAGCACAUGUCACGUGGGCCACAGGUGUGCCUUGAGGGGUUGAAGGAUUUACUCCAAAGCGCAGCAACAUGAUUUCCCUUAAAAGCACGUUCCCGUGACCUCCCUGUGGGCAGGGCUGACCCCAAGCGCCAGCCCACCCUGCCGCAGUGCUCCCCAGAGCCCACAGUUCAUCACCCGUGAACGAGGUUCAUCCCUUCCACCAGGGAGUCCUGGGUGCUCUGCCCUGCAGCCCGGGGCAGAGGAGAGCCCUGAGGGCCAAGUGGGGCGCUGGCAGCGGUCCCACCCCAUGGGGCUGGUGGGGAUCCUCUCCUGCCUCCUGGGUCCUGCCUGCAAACAGCACUGGGCUGGGGGGGCGGUGGGCGCUGAGCCAUGUCCAUGGGUUGGAGGUUACAGGGACUGCCUCAUCCCCCCCACCAGGUACCUCAGCAUUUGGGGGGAUACCCUAGACCCUGAGCCACCCACUGGUCCUAGCAAGUGUGCUUGGGGGCCAGCAGGUGGUCACCGUGAAGUCCACAGAGAGCCUGUGGCCGGGAAGCAGCGGGGUCCCCGGAGCCCGGGCCACAGCAGUGGCGCUUGCUCCCAAGAGCAAGAGGCUGCCCAGCAGGAGUCCCUUUUACUUGCCUUAAAACUGGAGAGAGGAGUCUAGUAUUUGCACUUAGCGAACGAUUUAAAAACAAAAAAUAAUUGUGCAUGAUCUGUCACUUUGUAUGAAAAUAGCUAAAAAUGAGUAUGUCGUUUAUUAAAAAAUUCUCUUUACCUUCUGGUAGCAAAAAUACAUAAAAUAAGCUGUCCUGUUUCAACUACUGUGUGUAAAAAGCCUGUAUCAUAUGUAACUUUGAUCUUCUGUAAAUAAACGUUCGUGCACUGCU